AUGACGAGAUCCUCCGAGGCAUCUGCGUCGCCGAGCCCUUCCAAAAAUUCUGCCGAGGCUCAUGAUGUGUCGAAUUCUCUGAGCCCUUCAGGCACUUGUUCUGUUAGUAACGAGGCGUCUGCUUCGACGAGCUGUCAUCGAGGUCCUGUCAACCAAGAGGAGGUUGACUACGCCGCGGUUAAGGCCGAGGAAGAAGUGUUUUCUUUCGACCCGGUUGAGGCGAGGCUUGAAUUAGAGCGGCUUAUGGCAUCCCGUGGCGCAUCUUCUUUUGGGAUGGGAAAACCCAAACAGGUGAAAAGGCAAAAACCUGAUCCUCCCGGUUCCACACUCUCUUCCCUCGUGUCGCUCGAGGCGUUGCGUCAUCGUUUUGGAAUAUCUGAAGCGGUUGAAUUCGUCGUUCCGGAGAAGAGUGACCGAGCCGACAAGCCUCCCGAAAAUCAUUUCACCUUAUACGAGGCGUUUUUCGAGCUCUGCUUCCUAUGGUUCCCAAUCCCUAGAAUUAUGCCGAGAGGUUUGCGACAUAUGAUCGGCAUCCUGGUUCGGAGCUUCAAAUGUGGUGUCGAAAUCGAGCUCGGUCAUCUGCUCAAUCUGUUGGAAAUCCGGAGAGCCCCGGGAGGAGGCAGAUUUUAUAUUUCCAAUAAGUCUAAUCGCCGGAUCAUAGGCGGUUUCCCGAACAAAGAUCAGUUUUGGACUGAACGUUUCUUCUAUGUUUUGGUGAACGAGGCGUCGGUGGGCGAGGAUUUUGUAAAUAAGACGAAGACCAUUUGGGGACCACUUGUUCGGAGUUUUUUUCCUCCUGUCCCCGACGACCUUUUCUCCGUUCGAGAUACUCUUGCGGCUCGGAAGGUCAACUGGAGAAAGCAUUUUUCUUUCGAGAGAGUAGAGGGAGCCCGAGCUAUCUUCGCCGGGGUGUCUAUCAGUUCCUCGUCAUCAAAUUCAUCGGGAGAUACGCGAGAGAAAAUGGUGAUCAUUACGCUCAGGGAUAAGAAGCGAUGCGAAGCCGAGGAGAUUGCUAGGAGAGCCGAACAAGCAGCUCCUGCGGAGACCGAGGCGGUACCUCGGGAUGACCCGCCGAGGCAUGAGGGGGAGGAAGUCGCCCGAGCUGCUGACGAGAUCGCUCUCGAGGCGACGGCGCAGGAGGCAGCGCUCGAGGUAGAACCGGGCGAGAUUGUUCCCGACGCGUCUGGGGAGAAUUUCGCGGCUCGGGAUAAAACACUGCCCACCUCGGCGAUUCUGGCCCUUCCGAAACAAUCGAGGCCUCCGGCUUCAAAUCUGCUGAAGCAUGAUACCAGCAGAAAGAGGUCGGCUAUGGAAAAGGGCAAGGGGGUGGCCAUCCAAAAAGACAAGCCGUCCAAAAAGAAACGUAAGUCGGUGCCCAGCGAGCCCGUAUCUCGUAAGCUGGUUGUUGAUGACCCGGCUGCUUCCGCGGUAAUGUUCGCCCGCGUCAACAAUGCCAACUAUCGUCUACCGCCUCCCGAGCAACUGAGGCGGUCGAAAUCCUAUGCUGCCAUGGCGCAGCGCGGUACCAAGAUGAUUGCCGGCUAUGAAUCAGACUUGGUUAAGGACGAGCGCCGCUUGGAGGAGGCUCAGAAGGAGGCUGCGACGGCUAAGGGAAAGUUGGACGAGGCGAGGGCCAAGAUUAAGAAGCUAGAAGAGGAGAAAAUAACUCCCUCAGCCAACAUUGACAAGGUGUCGCCCGUGGUGACUCAUCUUGAAGAAUCUAAGAUAGCCAAAGGUGCCGAGGUGGCUUUGUUGCAGAGGCGUAUCGAGGUCAAGGAUGCCUUGUUCGACGCCAAGGUCAAGCGCGCGAAGAAGGAAGCGAGGCGCGAAUUUUCCGCCAAAUUCCAAAGCACCUCGCCAAAGUGGAGGAAGGUCUCGCCAAGCUCGAGAAGGCCAUGA